CAAGCAGCCCUGAUAUAAACCGAGCACCCUCAAUAAUAUUUCUCUAGACAAAACGAACAACCAUGAAUUGGCUCACAUUCGCCCUAUCUCUCCUGGGUCUACUCACCCUCCACUAUGUCAUCAGUUUCCUCAAAAACCUCCGCCUCGUCCGACAAACAGGUCUACCCUAUACAAUCUUCCCCAUCUCCGAAUUCAAUCUCCCCUUCCUCGCUCUCUUCGCUACAAAAUGGGUCCCGUAUAUCGUCAACAACUAUCUUCCCGCCCAACUAGCUGAUAGAAUCAACGACAACAACAUCAAUUACCGGUGGACAGUCAAGGACCGGCAGGUUGAGAAACUUGGCGGCGUGUAUAUGGUUGCCUCGCCUGAGACGAUUUCCUGUAAUGUUUCCGAUGCGUCGGUUGUGUCGCAGGUUUAUGGUAUGAGGGGAAGCUUUCCGAAGCCGAUUUGGCAGUAUGAAUCGUUGGAUUUGUAUGGUCCGAAUGUGCUUACGUGUGAGGAUACGAAAUGGUCUCAUCACCGUCGCCAUACAGCACCGUCUUUCAAUGAAAAGAACAACGCACUCGUCUGGCAAGAGACAAUUCGCCAAACCACCGAGAUGAUCGAGUACUGGGUCGAAACGAACCCGGCGGAGCAGUUCACCGUGGAGAAUGUCAAAAUAGAUAUCCUCAAACUGACAUUAAACGUCAUCUGCGGUGCAGGCUUCGGCGUGCAAAUGCCAUUCAAGCCAGUCUCCCAAACCCCAGUGGACGACGGAGAGAGAAGUAUUUUCAGGGACUCCAGCACGCCUCCGAGCGGAUUUAAGUACACGUUUCGGUCUGUUAUGGGCUAUAUGAGUGAGAAUCUUUUUUCGGUUGUUGGGGCGAAUAUGUUGGCCCCGAAAUGGAUUCCCAGGUUUUUGAUGCCGUUUUUCAACAAUGAUUUUGCGGCGCAUCGCGAUUUGGGUGUUUAUCUGCAGCGAUUGAUGACGACGGCGAAACAGAAGCCGGAUACUGGUGUUGCGAAUUUACUUCAGGGGAUGGUGUCUUCCAAGGCUGAGGGUUCGAGUUCUAGUGCAAAAGGAGGAAGUCUUUCUGAUUUGGAGAUCCUGGGAAAUAUGCAUGUCUUGACGGUGGCUGGACAUGAGACGACGGCUACUACUAUGAGAUUUGCGUUAGUCCUUUUGGCUCUUCAUCAGGAUGUACAGGAUUGGGUUUACCGAUCCGUGAAAGAGGUGGUUGGAGAGUCCCCAGCGGAGUGGGAUUACGCGACUCUCUAUCCCAAGCUCAUUGCUCCAUUAUGUGUCAUGCUCGAAACAUUGCGCCUCUACCCCCCCGUCGUGACAACCCCCAAAUGGACAGCCAACACAAGCUGCACCAUCACCUAUCUCGACCAGCAAUACACCCUCCCCCCAAAGGUCAACAUAAACCUCAACGCAAAUGGCUUGCACUACUCCAAAGAAUACUGGGGCCCAGACGCCCACCUCUUCAACCCUCAACGAUGGGACAAGACCAACCAGGCCAGCUAUCUCGCACAGAACGAUUCUCUAUCUGGCCUCUCAGGCCCAGGUCUCGAGUAUCCCACCAUCCAUAGACCCGUUCGAGGGGCGUAUAUUCCCUUCAGCGAUGGUUUCCGGGCUUGUGUGGGGAAGAAGUUUGCACAGGUUGAGUUUGUGGCUGCGUUGGCGGUGCUGGUGAUGGGAUAUAAGAUUGGACUGGCGGGGGAUGAUGAGAAGAAGACGAGAAGAAAUGCAAAGAGGGUUCUGGAGGAGAGUGCUACUGUUUUGACGUUGAUGAUGGGGGAGGACGUGCCAUUGUCGUUUUGUAAGAGGUAAUAUGAUAUCGUACAUUGGUCUGCUUUGAAAUAAAAUUGAUAUGAUCAAAGUGAGAAGUGUUUGCUGUAGGAAGAAAACAGAAGUGCUUCGCUUGGUUUUCAGUCUGGAGAAAUUCACUGGGGGGGAGAUAUUUUUAUCUGGACAGACAGUGAAUGACACCCAGCCUGGGCUCUGUUUACCUCUUCUCUCCCUCUCCUCUUCCUUCUCCCACC